UGCUUCAGUUCCACAGAUCGAUCUAACAACAUUAUAGCAACAUUUUGUUUUGAAGGCUAUUCUCACAACAACUAAGCUUUGUUAUCUUUGUGAAGGAAAGCACUGGUUUCAAACAACACUUAGAUGGAAGGAGAAGUUGCAACUCACCACGAGCCAGCAAAGGGGAAGGACAAGGAUCACACUGAAGAGGCGAAACCUGUGAAAGACAAGAAGGAAAAGAAGCCAAAGAAGGAAAAGAAAGAGAAGAGCAAGGACAAAGAAAAGGAGAAAGUUGGGGAGAUCACCGACGCUGCCAAGCUGAGGGCCAAAUUAGAGAAGUUGGAUGCAAAGAUCGAUGACCUAAAGGCCAAGAAGCAAGAGAUUGUGGCUCGACUCUUGCAGCUUGAGGGGACAUCGCCAGCCGGUGGUGAAGCAGCUCCACAACCAGUGACUAGCGGGUGACACAACGUGUAGAUGAUUGGUGGAGACCUUGAAAUGAGCUAAGCAACUGUUUUCAGCUAACAAGUUCUAUAGAAGGAGCCACAAACCAUUUUUUGCAUGUAAUUAUUACUAUAACCACUUGUGCUUUUGCACGGACUAUAAUAUUAAGCAUUAGAAGUUCAUGAAUAACUUUAGCUCCCACAAUUAACUAACAUUGUUUGUCUUUGCGCACGAUAUCCAUAUAGAUUUGUCUAUGAUCUAUAUCUA